AGCCGAAAAAUAGAACAGGAUCGGCGUAUAGAUAAUGAGAAAUAAUCGAACGAUCGAUCGAGUAUAUAAAGCGAAUCUAAAAUUUGACCGGGUAAGUUAAUAUCUACGGUGACACGGAGUUUGAACAUUUGACAUUCGUAUUGCUUCACGGAUACAAGAUGAAAGCCUUCUUCAUCGUUCUUAUCGCGGUGUUCAUGGUCUACGUAAACUCUCAAAAUCUGAAACCACAGUGCCCGGAUGAUUUAAAUGAGAACCACACGAUGAUCGUACACCCGUGCAACUGUUCUUCGUUCUUCGUCUGCACCACGGAUCCACCAAUUCCUAUGGAAUGCCCAGCUGGUCUUCAAUUCGACGAAACGCGUCAAAUUUGCGACUAUAAAUGGCGCGUGAAAUGCAAACCAAAAGAGGGAUGUAACUCAGGGAAACAGUCAAAUUCAUUGAACGCAUUGUAAUUAUUUACACAUCUAAGUCGAUAUGGAGGAUCUCUCCAAGAUCGGUAUUGCUUGAUUAACGAUUAAUAUUAUAUAAAUACCAUCUAAUCUAUAUCUGCUUUCGCGUUUUUA